UCAAAUAUGUCGACUGACAAUUGACAAUUCUGACAUUUUGUUGUUUAGGAAGUAGCUGAGCUUGCGUAAUUUAUUGUUUGACAUGCUAUUCUAGGGAUAUUGUAAAUAUAGAGAAAAAUUAGGAAUAAUUCUAAAUAGUAAAUAUAUUUAUCUUAGACAUGGCGGAUCAGCAGCAAUUUUUUCUAAAAUGGAACGAUUUUCAAAGUAAUAUGGUGUCGUCUUUUCGACACCUUAGAGAUGAAAAAAGUUUUACAGACGUGACGUUAGCUUGUGAGGGACAAACGUGUAAAGCUCACAAAAUGGUACUGUCCGCCUGUAGUCCUUAUUUUAAAAGUCUAUUAGAGGAAAAUCCUUCAAAACACCCUAUAAUUAUUCUCAAAGAUGUCGCCUACAGCCACUUGCAAGCUAUUUUAGAAUUUAUGUAUGCAGGAGAAGUGAACGUAAGUCAAGAACAGUUGCCUGCUUUCUUAAAAACAGCUGACAGGCUUAAAGUUAAAGGAUUGGCAGAAGCUCCACAGGCAAUUAAUAGGGAAUAGUUUAUAAACUACCUUAGUACUUAGUAGAGAACAGUUUUUCACAAAAAUCGUGAUUUUUAGAUAUCUAUCAAAUUUUAUAAUUUCUUUAACAUACCUAUUUAAAAUUAUAUAUUUUAAUAGAAUUAGGUUUUAGAUAUAUAUUAUUUGUUUAAUCGUGGGAGAUGUAUCUUUUUUUUAUAAUGUUUUUGAUCAAAAAAAUAAAAUGUAGAUUGGUUGAAGUACUAUUAGACAGUAAUUACAUUUUUACAGUCUAUUUCAAAGAUCUCAUGCUAAAAUUAUUGAAUAUGAAUUAGUUCCAUUUGGAGAUGGAAAUAAGAAUUUUGUAACCCGGGUACAAUAGUGCCUCUGAAAUUUGGUAUACACAAAAGAUAACAAAUCUAACAGAACUUCACUGAUCUCAAUUUUUUAAAUAUUUGCAGAGAAUGGUCAGUAUAACUUUGUUGAGGGCAUUUAUUAGUCUAAGUUUUCGAAGGUACUAUCUUUUGCUCAUAAUAAUCAUAACUGCUUGAUAAUGGAACUGAAUAUAAUGCCAGUUAGUCUAUUGUUGCAUUUAUGUAGUUAUCCUGAAUAUUUGCAAAUGAUAAUAAUGCAAGAAAGUAAACAAACUUCCUCAUUUUUCAGGUUUGUUUCAUUUCUUAGAACAUUUUUUGUUUGUAGUAAUAGUUGAUAUCUAACAACAAUUUGAAUUUGUGAAACACUGUUUACCAUAGUGUUAAAGCUACAAUGCAUAUUAUAGUCCAAAAUUCAUUGUACAGGUUACUCAUUUUCUAUAGUUAAUUUGAACAGUCAACAUGUACUUUUCAAUGCCUCUCGUACUAGUAAAAAAAAAUUUUAAACAUGUGUUUAUUGUGAUCUGUACACUGAAUCUGUACUCAACGCAAUGUUGUUCUGACACUGUGGAUGUUAUUUUGAGACUAAGCAGAGUUUGACUCCUAGUUUGCGGAAAAUUUUGGAUUUUUUAGGAGUUAAAUUUAUGUUUUGCAUUCAUAAAUACUUACGGUUUUCUUUUUUGUGUCUAUAAUGUAAUUUCAAUUUGUAAUUAGGUAAACAUAUUAUGGAAGUACACGAGUGCAUAUAUUAUUUUAUUGUUUAAGUAACUUUAGGAAAUGAGACUUUAUAUUAUCGGGUGGUGGAAAUAACAAGAUAUAUAUUUUUGGGUUUAGGUCACAUUUUUAUUCUUCUUCUAAAGGUGCCUAUCUUCUGGAGAUGUUGGCGACCACAUUGAUCCAUCUUAUUCUAUUUACGGCAGCUCGGAAUAGAUCAGUUGACGUUAGACCAGUCCACUUCCUUAGAUUGGCCAGCCAGGAUAUACGUCUACAUCCAGGGCCUCUCUUGCCCUCAAUCAUGCCUUGCAGAAGUAAGCCAAUUUUCUGUUCUUUACGGUGUUAAUUAUUUCUUUGCCUUUUCUUAGCCUCUGGAGAGUAAUUAUGUUACUCGUGUGGUGUAUAUAUGAGACCCUCAACAUGCGUCGGUAGCACCACAUUAGCACUAAAGAUGUAACAUCUAAGAAUUUUUAUUACUCUGGGCUAAUUAGCAAAAUACAAGGAAAAGUUAUUUACCAGCAAUUUUAUUGCUGGAAUCGAAUCUUAUGAUUAUAUAUAACUAAUAUUUGGGAAUGCCGAAAAAGACUUUUUAAAAAAACUUUAUUAGAGCUAAAACAACUAGUUACAAUAAAAGCAGAAUCUAGACUGAACUAAGAAUACAAUUUAAUAAAACAUUAUGAAAAAUGCAAUAUAACAGUUCACACGAUUUCACCUAGCGUCAGCACUCAUGAGUUCAAAGUCAAAGUACCAUGUCAUCAGUUCUAGGCUGGAAAUCCAUAGGCGUCCCUCUAUUACUUAUAUUAAUAAUAAUAUAGGUAUGCAGAGUCCACAGAUAGUGUGCUACUUUUUUUAUAAACAAAAUGGCGCCCGAAAAUCGUGUUAUUUUCAAUUUUUGCUCUAUAACUCAAAACAUUUUACCUUUACACCAAAUAUACCCAAAUAAAAAUUCACCGUAAUUAAAUUCUGCAUAGAGAUGUGUUUUUCCCUAUUUACUUCGACGAAAAUUUUCCCCGGAAAAUGCGGGUUUUUCCAAAAAAUCUUUAAUUUUAAACUAAAAUUUUAGAUAAGUAAUUGUUUAUCAAUAAUUAAGUAACUUGGUAAUAUAAAAGCUCUUUUCGUAUAGAUUAUAAUUCCACAAGCCGAUGGAAAUUGAAUGAACAGUUUAAGACAUAACAUAGUUAUGAUACAUAAGAAUAACUAUGAUUUUUGUAUAAAAAAACACUGUACCUAUCUAAUGUACUUUACAGAAUUGAAAUUGGACUAUUUAAGCGGCCUCAGGAAUAUUUCAAAAUUAUAAACAAUUUUUUGGGUUAUAAACAAAUAAAAUAUCUUAGGAAAUAUUAAAUUAAAUCAAGAAAACGGUACUGGAAAAAAAGCGGCAGGGCGCUUCUUUUAAAAGAAAAAACGUUUAAAUGUGAUAAGUGGUUCUUGAGAUACAACCGGUCAAAGUUGACCGGCAUUUACGGCAAAGAUAUAAACAAUAGGAUCAUAAUUUUCUAACCAUCACCUUUUUUUUCGGCCCUCUUUCUCCACACCAAUUUUCUUAUCUUUAAAAUACUCAUAACAUAUAUUAUUAUAAUAAAAACUAUCGAUAUUACGAGUGAAAAUUGCCAAAAAUAGCAAAAUUCAAAUCAAAAAUUAAGUUGGAGAAAAUGUAAUCUUCAAGUUCAAAAUCGGUAUACGUUAAAAAAAUGCAUUUUCUCGGCUUUCCAUAUAGCAAUUUUCUUCAUUCUUUUUGUGUUCCCAAGUAACUCGAGUAGAGCUAUCUAACUAACGCAUUAUUAAAUGUCAAACUUGCUUUUGUUUUGUUAUAAUAAAUUUAUUUACUGAUUAUAACAAACAUUUUUAAUUUGUUUAAAUAAAGAUUGUUUAAAUAAUUAUACAGCUUUCAAAUGAGAAUAUUUGCGUUUUUAACGUUAAAGGGUACACUUGUAGUAAGUUUAUCUAAAAAAUGUCUACAACUGGAAAAAAUAUGUAGUUUUCUUUUCUUAUAAAUAAAUUAAUCUAUUAUAACAAAACAAAAUGCUGCGUUAGUUAGAUGGCUCUACUCGAGUUACUUGGAAACAAAAAAAAAAGAAUAAAGAAAAUUGCUUUAUGGGAAGCCGAGAAAAUGCAUUUUGUUAGCGUACACCGAUUUUGAUCUUUGAGAUUACAUUUUCUCCAACCUAAUUUUUGAUUGGAAUUUUGAUAUUUUUUGGCAAUUUUCACUCGUAAUAUCGAUAGUUUUUAUUAUAAUAAUAUAUGUUAUGAGUAUUUUAAAGAUAAGAAAAUUGGUGUGGAGAAAGGACCGAAAUAAAAAGGUGAUGGUUCGAAAAUUAUGAUCAUAUAAUAUAUGAUCAUAAUUUUUGCAAAGAUAUAUUAAAUCUUUGCCGUAAAUGCCGGUCAACUUUGACCGGUUGUAUCUCAGGAACCACUCAUCACAAUUAAACGUUUUUUCUUUUAUAAGAAGCGUCCUGCCAUUAACAAUUCAAUUGUUGCUAAACUGUUCGUUCAAUUUUUAUCGGCUUGUGGAAUUAUAAUCUAUACGAAAACAGCUUUCAUAUUACCAAGUUAUUUAAUUAUUGAUAAACAAUUACUUAUCUGAAAUUUUAGUUGAAAAUUAAACAUUUUGUUGAAAAAACCCGCAUUUUCCGGGGAAAAUUUUCGUCGAAGUAAAUCGGGAAAAACCCGUCUCUAUGCAAUAUUUAAUUACGGUGAAUUUUUAUUUGGGUGUUUUUGGUGUAAAGUUAAAAUCUUUGGAGUUAUAGAGCAAAAAUUGAAAAACACGAUUUUUGCUUGCCUCUUUGUUUAUAAAAAAAGUAGCACACUAUCUGGGGACUUUGCAUACCUAUAUUAUUAAUAGAUACAAUCAUAAGAUUCGAUUCCAGCAAUAAACUUGAUGGUAAAUAACUUUUCCUUGUAUUUUGCUAAUUAGUCCAGAGUAAUAUAGGGCAUGCCGCUCUUUCGUGAUCUGUUUAAUUUUCUCUAUGCUCUGGGCCUAGAUUCCGUGCACUGUAGAUAUCUACAUGUCGCUUUCUAUCGAUAUUUGAAUAUCAAAAUAUAUGAAUUUUUAGCUUUAAUUGAAUUAUUUUCUAGUUUUGCUCUAGUUUAUCAAUUAGAGUAUAACCUAGCAAAACUAGAAAAUAAUUCAAUUAAAGCUAAAAAUUCAAAUAUCGAUAGAAACCGACAUGUUGAUAUCUACAGUGCACGGAAUCUAGGCCCUGAAACGACUCAGUGUAUUGAGGAUUCUGCAAAACCCGUUGCUUUAUAUAGAUUUGAGAGUGGCGUUGGUUUCAUGCACCCCAUUACUAUCCUGCACGUCUCAUUUAGCGUAGUAUAAACUUGUUUGGUGUGGCAGAUGUGCCCCAAACGGGGCACGCUUAUUCAGCAGUUGAAAAACACAAUGCCUGUGCCGUUGUUCUUAAGACGCCAGGAGAUGCACCCCAUUUUCUUCCCGUUAACUUCCUGAGUAUGCUGUUCCUAGGUGUUACUUUCCCUCUCGUUUUUAUGCAAUGUUGUCUGUAAGUGAGGGACCGGUCCAACCAGACCGGUGAGUUACUCCCAAGAUAUAUAGCUUUUUCUGUGUGUUCUAACGUAUUACAAUUCCAAGAAAUUUGGAGUUUUCGCUUGGCUUGCUUUAAUAAGAUAGUACGAAUAGCACGAGAUAAGUCGCCAAAUGGACGAAGAAGUAUUGGCAGACCAAGAAAAAGAUGGUGCGAUCAUUUAAACAAUUUAGGAGGCUCAUAUUGAAGAAGAAACAGGCUUUAAAGCCUACAUACAACAAGGAAGAAGAAGACUUGUAUUUUAUAAAUCCUUUUCGUGCUAUUUCUAUUCUUACCUUUAUCUCCUCAUCUUCUCAUCUUGAUCUAAUUGUGACUGGAGAGAACUAAGAAACACAAUACUGUUAAGUCUUCAGGCACUAUUUGUACGAUAACUUGUACAUAGGUGAGAUUGUGAAUACAAUCUUAGGAUUGGACUGUAUGAGGAUUGCUAGUUUACUGGUUCAAGUGGGAGUAUAAACGUUUUAUACAGACAAUAUUGAUAUGUAGAUAAGAGUCUUACCAAGUUGUGAAGCCUUGUUGAACACUAGAGCCGGUCACACACACGAGUUGACUGUUCUCGUUCCAUGUGCCUCGCGUUUUUACUGCUGGGUAAUCGUGUAUGGCGUCACUCCCGAAUUAACUGUUCGUGCCCGACUUUUGAUUGCUCGUUUCAGCCCAAAAGAAAGGCUGUACCCUCAAGAGAUGAGCGGUACCGACUUGAUCCGUCGAAAUAUCGUAAAGAAAAAGAAAGAGGUUGCACUCUCGUGGCGAGUGGUACGUGUUGACCGUUUUGCCGGCGUAGGAGAAGAGAGAAAUUCUCAAUCGCAAAUUGUCCAAAUAUUGUCUAUCUGUAAGGGUGAGGAGAGAGGGUAAGAAAUAGGAGGGAUGAAAUAGUACUAGUGAACAGGGCUGGCUUGCGUGCUAUUUAAAGUUAAGGGUUUUAAUAAGAGACUACACACAGUAAAAAAUACAAUAAUAUUUUUGACAUGUGAAAAUUUAACACUAUUUUUGGAGCUAAAGUCGCCCAAAAAAAACUUAGCUAAGGUGACCUGAUCAUUAAAAAUGUAUAAUCUUGUUUUGCUGAGUACCGAUUUGCUUAUAUAAAUCUCCGACUGUAAAAGAUAUAUAUUUCUAUUUAGGAGAGACUCAUUAUUGGUAUAAUUUUUGUAAAUGAUUAUUUUUUCGAUUCAUGUCUAAAAACUAGCGAUCUUGCAAUUACUUUAGAGCUCCCGACAAAGUGGUUGAGAUUUUAUUUAGAAUUUAGAGUUCGUCGCUAGCUUUUAGUCUACAACUCGUUUUAUAAUGUUUGUAGAUGUAUCUAUAAGGAAUUAAUUUUCAAUUAUAGGAAAGAUGACAUUUUAUAUUUUUAUAAACGUCGCAGAUAUUUUUCUGGUUGAUUUUUGUUUUCAUUUCUGUAAUUUAUUUUUUUUGGUAUUACCGUAUUGUUACCACCUUAUAUAUUUAUUGAUCGAAAAUUAGAAAAAUAAUACUCAAAAAUUCUGUCCGUUUUAAUAUAUCUUUAGUUUUAUUAAGCUUUUUCACUUUUGGAUGUUGUUUCGGAAUAAAAAAAUAUAUAAAAAAUAAAAAAUCAAUGGGAAAAUCCCAAUAGUUGGCUGUAUACCAUAGUUUAAAAAACCAAUACAGAAGUAAAAACUUCGAGAUGUAUUCUGGUAUAAAAUCGUUUAUUUAAAACUAUAAAAUGUCAUCGAUUGCAGAACGUUUUCGUUCUAAACAGAACAUCUUCAGUGCAUCCUGCCAAGUAUUUUGAAACUUGCACACUGUAAAUAGUGUUAUCAUCAUAUAUGGUUUACAUAAUGUAAUAUGUUAAAAUGUUAUGACUACAAGUCGAUGUUAAUGGAUAAAGUGGAACACAUGCUAAAAGGGUGCCAUGGUUCCCUGCUCGAAGAUACUAGGUACUUGCCAAUUCAAUGGGCACAGACCAGGUUGGUCUGUGCCCAUUGAAUUGGCAAGUACCUAGUAUCUUCGAGCAGGGAGCCAAUUCAAUGGGCACAGACCAGGUUGGUCUGUGCCCAUUGAAUUGGCAAGUACCUAGUAUCUUCGAGCAGGGAACCAUGGCACCCUUUUAGCAUGUGUUCCACUUUAUCCAUUAACAUCGACUUGUAGUCAUAACAUUUUAACAUAUUACAUUAUGUAAACCAUAUAUGAUGAUGUUAACACUAUUUACAGUGUGCUAGUUUCAAAAUACUUGGCAGGAUGCACUGAAGAUGUUCUGUUUAGAACGAAAACGUUCUGCAAUCGAUGACAUUUUAUAGUUUUAAAUAAACGAUUUUAUACCAGAAUACAUCUCGAAGUUUUUACUUCUGUAUUGGUUUUUUAAAAAAAUAUAUAAUUUCUUUUAUCAGUAAUUAUUCCUAUACCAACUAAACAUUAUAUAGAAAGGCAUUCAACCGGUAAAUUGAUCAAAUGUCUGCCUCAUCAUCUGAUUACAUGAGACCAGCAUCUAGGGAAAAGGGAGAUGAGCUAGCUACACUCCUCCACGAAAAUAACGCACCAUCUUAAAAUUGGAACAUUUUUGAUGUCUGGAUGGAAUUUUCUAAACCUGCUGUCCGAUUUGAGUGAUUUUUUUUUAAUAUGUUAUAGCCUUAUUCUUUAACAAUAUCGCUGUUGUGAUGUUUUCUAGCAUUUAUAAAAUAUUGAAAUUAAAACUCAAUUGUAGCCUUACGCUUUCUUAACAUUUUGUUUUUUGAUUCAUUUCCUUAUGCUCGAUAAUAAAAGAGAUAAUUAUGUACUUUUAUAUUACAAAUAAGGUUUGCUAUAUACUAUAUCCUAUAUACUCCAGGGAAAUAAGGUUUUUGUCGGGACACUUGAGCAGCCAGGUUGCAAAUGGGUUUUUUGGGUACUAUAUACCUAAUACAUUAUACAUACAAAAAUGCCCGUCACAGUUUGGACGAGAAAUUUAGUUAUUAACAAAUAAGGGUCAAAAAAAUGAUAGUUUCUUCGUUUAAAUCGCUAUAGGUAAAAAUAGGAUAAUUAAAUAUCUUAUUUAUAGUAUAUUCUUCUUUUAGUAGAUGAGCCAAUGUUUAAAACGGCAGUUUUUUAAUUUUGGUCCGAUCAUUUGUUGCUUCGAAAAUUGCAAAAUAAAACUAAAAUUUCGAAAAUAAAAAAUUUGCUAUAACUUUCGCGAAAGUGACCUUACGACUUUUAUAUUUCACAAAAAGUUGAGUAAAAGAGUCCAUAUACUGCACAAAAAAUUAUAAGACGAUUCGUCAAUUAGUUUAAAUUUUAUUCAAUUUGUUUAUCCCAAAGAGUUUUUCUUGUAAUGAUAUUGUUCAGAAAAUAAUAAUUAUAUAGAAAUUCUGUGAAAACCACAUGAAAGAACAAUAGUCUUGUUUUCAAAUUAUUGAAGAAAAUCAUUAAAAAGUAAUUUUUGUCACUACGAAAACAUUUUACUAAAGUAGAGUCAUUUUUGGCUUGAAAACAAUUUGAAUAGCUUUGUUAAUAUUGACUGUAGAGUAAAUUUACCUUGGAAUUUCAAAAGCUGGUAUUUUUACACAAAUUUUCAAAAAAAACUUUUCGCCUAUGUUAAUUACGGUCAAAGUUAGCCACUUUUAUUAUUUAAUUCACAGUUACUUCAAUAUACAUAAAAUUCUCCUGUAACAGUGUUAGUUACCAUACUACUCCGAAACGGCUUGGCCGAUUUUUAUGAAGUUUUACAAGUGUAUCCUAUGGGACUGAGAAUAGGUUUUAAUCUAUUUUUCAUAUCCAUAAGUUAUAAGGGGGUUGCCCCCCUGAAUUUUUUUUUAUUUUAUUGCAUCCCUGACAUACAACCCUUAAUUUACACUUUUCCAUCACCAACCCCAAUUUGUUAAUACUUAAUACCCAUCUAUAAAAUUCUCCUGUCACAGUGUUAGUUGUCACUCCUCCGAGACCGCUUGACCGAUUUUUAUGAAAUUAUAUACAUAUGUAUAUUCGGUAGGUCUUAGAAUCGGUCGUAAUCUAUUUUUCAUAUCCCUGAGUGAUAAGGGGAACUCCCCCUAACAUUUUGAUUAAAAAAUAACAUAAAAAAAUUAUGAUCAAAAUCCAUCAACAAGCUCUGGAGAUAUUAAUCACAGCAUAUGUUUGAAGAAUCAGUUUCAUUUUUUUGAGUGCACGGAUUUUAAUAAUUCAUUUCCACCGACCACAAAUCGAUUUCGUUAGAACGUUAUUUUUAAAGAUUUAUUAACAACUAUGUUGAAGUUUAAAGUUUACUUAAACUUUUUACACAUAAACUAUACACCUUCAACUUCGAAAUGGCGCUAGUUGGGUUGCUUAAUUGUUACAAACAAAGUAGCUGUCAAUUAAAUAAAAAAGUGGCUAACUUUGACUAAUUAACCUAGGCAAAAAGUGUUUUUUUGAAAAUUCGUAUAAAAAUACCAGCUUUUCAAAUCCCAAAGUAGUUUUAAUCUAGUCAAUAUUAACAAAGUUAUUCAAAUUGUUUAUGAACUACAAAUGACCCUACUUUAGUAAAAUGUUUUCGGAAUGAUAAAAAUGACUUUUUAAUGAUUUUUUUUAAAUACUUUGAAAUCAUGAUUUUUCUUCUUUCAUGUGGUUUUCACAGAAUUGCUAUUACAUUACUAUAUUCUGAACAAUAUUAUUGCGAAAAAAAAGUUCAUUGGGAUAAACAGAUUGAAUAAAAUUUAAACUAAUUGACGAAUUGUCUUAAAAUUUUUUGUGCAUUAUAUGGACUGUUUGUCUCAACUUUUCGUGCAAUAUGAAAGUCUUAAGGUCAUUUUCACAAAAGUUAUAGCAAUUUUUUUAUUUUCGAAAUUUUAGUCUUAUUUUGCAAUUUCUGAAGCAACAAAUGAUCGAACCGAAAUUCAAAAACUGCCAUUUUAAACCUUCGCUCAUCUACUACGAGAAUAACAGUAUAAAUAAGAUACUUAAUUGCCCUAUUUUUACCCGUAGCGAUUUAAACGAAAAAACUGCCAUUUUUGACACUUAUUUGUUAAUAACUAAAUUUCUCGUCCGAACUGUGACGGGCAUUUUUGUAUGUAUUAGGUAUAUAGUAACCAAAAAACCCAUUUGCAACCUGGCUGCUCAAGUGUCCCGAACAUGGUAUAUUUUUGCCUUAUUUCCCUGGAGGAAUAGUCAAUUCGCUAAUCUGAGACGCAACUGUCUAGUGAUGUUAGUAAUUUUUUUGGGAAGUUAGGUUGCUAGACGUGACUGGAAAUUACUACACAACCUAACAUACCUUCUCAUAGCCAAUAUUAUUGAUAGUAAACAGACAUAAGUAACAUAAACCUUACGCCAGUCAAUAAUUAUUUAUUGUACAAAAUAAAAGUAUUUUGAAGAAAUAAAUUCCACAAAAUUUUAUGAGUUUAGGAUACACUCCCACUAUUUCCAAUAAUUCUUCUUUUUUUAAUGAAAGAUUAAGUUGAUUUGAGCAGUUAAUAGUGUGAGGUAGUAAUUUUUGUGUUGUAUGUUUCGUACUCUGAAUCUGUCAAAAUGAAUCUCGGCUGAGCGAAUUUAGUUUAUUUGGUCUGAUCAAUAUCAUUCCAACUCUCGAGAGCUACUGUUUCUACCUGUUGUAAAGUUCUAGGAGGUGGCAAACGCUGUCAUAGUAUUCUGCCAAUUAUGUUCCAUCAGGUUAAGAUCUGGAUUAUACGGUGGUAAAAUUAAAAAUCCGAAGAUUUACCUGUUGUAAAUAUUCGGUUACAGUUCGUGCAGCGUGAGGUCUUGCAUUAUCGUGCAUUAGCGAAAAAUUGUUACCAACAUAAGGAGCCGAUAGCAUGGUAGCUAAGUCCUUCGCUACGUAUGGUCACUGCUUGAACACACUCAUCGCGGGUCAAAUUCCUUGUGGCUCGUUCCAUUUCCACCAAACAACAAAAAAUUACGGACCUAAUUGGAACUUUAAAUAAAAAACCUACUAAUUUUCACAACAAACCAGACACUUUUUGACUGUUAACAAUUUGACAUUUAUUAAAGUGUUAAGUCAUAGCCUACUUUAGGCUUGUUUAUUAAACUAAUCCGAAAAUGAGGAUAUAUUGAUGAACAACUUGGCUAUGUAUCUAGGUGUUAAAGUACCUAACUUUUUAAUUAUGCAACAUGUAAUAAAUGUUAAUAAAACCUGAGACUAUAGUUGGGUUUUAAUUUCAGUGUUUUAUAAAUGCCAGAAUAUUCUGCAGGGUGUUGCGAACUUUAAAAUAAACCACAGUUUGAUUGGUACACGCGGUAUACAAUGACAGUUUGUCUGUCUAGCAACAAUAUUGUUACAGCGAUAUUGUUAAAGAAUAAGGCAAUAACAUUUAAAAAAAAAUCACUUAAAUUGGACAACAGGUUUAGGACAUCAAAAAUUAACAAUUUUUAAGGUGGUACGUUAAUUUCUUGGAGAAGUAUACUUUCAUUUGAGGAAGAAGCUGACCUUCUGAAUUCGCGUUUAAAAUCAAGGCAAUAAUUAAUGUCUAUCAGUUGUUUUAAAUGUACAACUUUUAAUAUUGCAACACAAAUACUGAAUUUUUGAAUAUUACGCUUUAAUUACUGACUGGGGCUUAAAAUACAUAUAAUUAUACAUAAUAGAAGAUGUUUUUAGAUUUUUUAUAAAAUGUGCAUAAAUUACACUCAUGAAAUUAAAGUUAAGUAAAAAUUAA